AGCGCAAACCCCCAGCCGCUCGCCCCCCGGAGCUCCCCUCCCCCCGCCCGCCCGCCCGGAGCUCCUCCUCGCCUCCGCCUCCGCCUCCCGCCGCCGCCCCCCGCCGCCCCGCCGCCCGCUCCAGUCAACCUGAUGGGGUGGGAGAAAAACGAGAAACAUCUCCUCAGCCUUUCUCUCCAAAGCCUCCAAUCUUUGUGCAAGGAGUAUAACCUUCCUGCAAACAAGACCCACCCUCAGUUAGCUCGCUCGCUGGCCAUUCAUCUAGAGAAUGAAAAAAAUAAUUCAGGACCGGAAAAGGAAAAUUUGACUGGUCCUACUUCUUCACAGGCUUCUCCUGCUACCUCUCCUGCGAUGUUACCAAAUACCAAAGAAGCAUCCAAAUGUGAGCAAGAUAACCACAAAAGAGGCCCAUGUAGUGGCAGAGAUGAUGACGAUGUUAGGCCACCAUUAAAGCAUAAAAAAGUGACUAGAAAACAAGCAGAUAGAAAAGUGAAAAGUGACUCUGGUACCAGAACGAGCCUGCCUCCGGCUUCUAGUAACAAUGGAAAAGGAGAUUGCUUUAAUUCAUGUUCUGGACAAGGGAUUGCUCAUAAUGUGAAAUCUCAAACUGCUGAUGGUAUUGCAACGUGCUCAACAGCCCCAAAGCUUAAUGGAAAUCACGCUUCAGCUGCUCCUGUAAAUGACACAAUUUCUUUCAUAGCAAGUCAUCCUGGUCCUAGUGGUGUGGCGUCAAAGCCUCCCAGAGAUAUGAAAGCUGGUACAAAUGGCAUAGAUAAGGGCAGUGGCUUGUCUAAUGAGAACUCGGCAAAUGCAAACUCUCCUUUUCAACUUUUUUUGAUGGAUGAUGAGGGAAUCGAUCUAUUUGUUGAUCUUAAUUCCACUCCUGGAGAUUGGGUUGGUAGCUUGAAGGGCGGAGUGAACCUACUUCCAAACACACAUAACUCUGAAGCUGAUAUGUUCACCAACUCUAUUAGCAGCCUCCGGAAUAAGAAUGGUCAGAACGCAAUGUCACCAUCAGAUAAUAUCAUUGUGGACAUAAAAAAUAAGGGACCUGAGAGCAUUGCUGCUUGCACCAAUUCAUCACUAGGUUCAACUGGUGGUGAGAAUUCUCGCUCCAAAUUCAAUCCACGUGAUACAACUGUUGUAAACUCGAGGUCAUCUGCAUCCACAUUGCCUGGUACUCAUGUUGAAAUUUCUGUAUCUCAAGAGGGACCUCCGGUGGUACAUUCUUCAUGUUUAACAUCUGAUGUUCAGAAUAACGUGUCACUUGAUAUGAUGGCUGGUGCUUUGGAUAGCAAUGUGCUUCCUCAAGAAUCUGUUGAUGUCUCCAUGUUGUCUGGAAGAAGCCAUGCACCGUUGGUUGAUGGUUCCAUGCAACCAACUAAUGAAGGCACGUUUAGUCCUGGUAAAACCAAAGCUUGUGUCAAGAAUGGCUGCACUCAGAAUGUUUUGGAUGGUCAUACUGACAAAGCCGUGUCAUCUUACCCAGGGCAUGUGGCUAUAACCAACACUGAUAGAAACUCUCGUCCACCAUCUGUGGGCAAUCAGGAAAUGUUAGAUGUUACUUCAGGGGUUCAGCGUACCCGCAAGAGUGAUACAAAUGGACUCCUAAAGGAAAAUGUACCAAUCGGAGCAGUGGCGAUGGAAGAAGAUAAUGGUCAUGGUGGCAGCUUGUCAGUUCGUCAACUAGCCAAUCAGGCGGUAAUUGCACUGCCUGCCACAAAUGCCCAGUCAGAUGCUAGUUCUGCAGAUCGCGUUGCUGGAAACUUCGACCUCACAGACCCAACAAGAUCAUCUGUUGCUUCGGACAAUGCUGUUACUCCCCUGGCUACGAAUCAUGGUGCAAAGACAGGUAAUAGUCAUGAUUCUGCAGGCAAAGAAAUACCGUGUGAUCCUGAGGAGUUGCAGGGUGUGCCUACAAGAAAUAUACUAUUUAGGUUAAGAAGUGCUGCUGCUAAGCAGACCAAGCCCUCUACAGUACCCAGACGGUCAUCAAGGCUUGCCCCAAAGUGAUUGCUAAUGACAGGGUUGAGAUCCACCACCAAGAAUGAUGCAUAGCUUAACUGCCGCCGUAGUCGAUUCCCAACAGGGAAUACCUUCCUAGCCUCCAACCUCCACAGUUCUUGUCGAUUCGUCUUGCUACCAACUGAGUAGUCUUUUUGCAUACUUCUGUCAACAGCUCAAUGCCACCAAAUGCUUUUUGUCGUUCUUCUCCGUUAUACAGCAUCUGCUAUACUUCACACAGUGCCGAGCUCUGCAUACACCAACCAUUGUACAAACAUAUCAGGAUUAUUAGGAAAUUUUUGAACCUGCAGUAUGUCACCUUGUUUUCCAGAUGGGCAAUAGAUGUCGUCGUACUGUACUGUAA